AUGGCAUCUCAUUACUACAUCAUUGACAGAAAGAGAUCGCCGAGACGUCCUCAUCUUGAGCCGCAGCGGGCUCGUCAGCGCAAACUCUUACUUCAAGUCGAUAAAACGGUGAAGGCAACAAGCCUCCAUAAAAAGUUUAACACUAAGAAUACAGAAGUAGAGAGCAAGCGUCGUGACCUGUACAUGGCCUUCAUCGACCUGACUAAGGCCUUCUCCUCAGUCAACAGGAGCCCCUGGUUAACCCUCAGCAGUUUUGGCUGCCCACCGGAAGAUUCAUCUCCAUCGGGGGAACAACUCCACGAUGGCGUGAACGGCAGUGACCUGUACAACGGCACCCAGUCUGGAUCAUUCCCAGCAAUACGAAGAAAGGUGUCGGCAGCUUCCAUUUCUGACCUUCAGUUUGUAGACGACCUCAUCCAUGUCACUCAUACUGAACGCGACCUAAAGGAGAUCAUGAACACCUACACAGAUGAGUAUGGACACUUCAGCCUUAAGGUGAAUCUUGACAAGAUGGCUACAGAAACACACAACAUGCUGGUAACAUUUAUGCAGAUGAAGCUGUGA